AAAGCUAGAGUGGGGGGCAGUCACCCUAAAGAUAUUGAACGUAGAGGCUGUGUCGCCUUAUGCUCCGUAUACAUCGCGAUGUCGUUUAAAAACUAUUCGUAUAAUUUAAAUUAAGAAUAUUAAAUCUAUUCAAAGUGAGAGAAAAUGAUUUUUUGUGACUUUAAAUAUGAGGUGUGAACGCGAAGUGCAAAGUGUCAAGCAUGGUCGCGGGACCAAUUAAAACAGAUAAACGUGCAUGGAACCAGUUCAUCAAGUGUGUUAUCUUUUUGCACCUUUUGUUCAGUUUUCCCUGUGCAACGAAAGCUCAAAGUCGUGCGCCGCGUAUCAAAGAACAUCCAGCGGACACGAUUGUCGGGAGAAGCGAACCUGCUACCCUGCGGUGCGUGUCUGAAGGGAAGCCAAAGCCGACCAUUCAGUGGUAUAAAGAUGGGAUACCGCUCGCACCAACAGAUCAUCCACAUAGAGUGUUGCUUGAAGAUGGACUGUUAUUUCUUAGGGUUAUGCGUGGUAAAAAGGAAAGCGACGAAGGAGUGUAUUGGUGUGUCGCGAGGAACUCUGUCGGCGAAGCAAUUAGUAAAAAUGCCACAUUGACCAUUGCUGUUCUUCGAGAUGAAUUUAGAACAGAACCUCAUGAUGUAAAAGUGGCAAGUGGAGAACCCGCUUUACUAGAAUGUUCCUCUCCCAAAGGAGUGCCAGAUCCUUCUGUCCAUUGGAUUAAAGAUGGACAGACUUUAGACGUGGAAGUCAAUGGAAGAAUAUCUGUAGUAGAUGGUGGUAACUUAAAAAUUCUCGAGAGUUUACCAUCAGAUAGUGGUGUAUACAUAUGCGUGGCAUCUAAUGUGGCAGGAGAAAGGCAAUCGCGCCCUGCUACAUUGCUCGUAUUACGCAGACCACAUUUUCUAGUGAAACCUAAUAAUAUAACGGCGCUAAUAGGCCAGAACAUCGAGUUUCAUUGCCAAGCGUCACCAGAAUCAGACGUGUCUGUUACAUGGUCGCGUGACAGUGGCACUUUAUCUCCUUAUGCAAUAGUACGCCGAGGAUCCUUAAGAAUAGACCGAUUAGCUUCUACAGACGCGGGAACAUAUACUUGUAGAGCGGAAAGCCAAGCGGGUUCAAGUGCAGCCAGUGCCAUACUAACAGUUUAUUCUUUACCUCAUUUUACACGAGUGCCUUCGGACCAAACAGCAUGGGAAGGAGAAGCUGUGUCAUUUCCAUGCGAAGCGGAUGGGUCACCUAAGCCUAUUGUAUUUUGGACUAUGGAAGGGUCCCAGGAAUUAAUAUUUCCGAAAUCAAGUCACGGUACCGGUUCAUUAUAUUUAGAUCGAGUACUAACUCGACAUGCGGGUAGAUUAUCUUGCGUUGCUGUGAGUGCUGCCGGUAGUGCUUUGCAUACUGCUACUCUUCAGGUUUUAAGAAGAGAAGCCAAUUCUUUCAAGGGAGACUCUGAGUCAUCUUCUCCUUAUCCUGAGUUAAAUAAACCAUUAAAUUAUCCACCAAUGACACAGUAUGAAUUAGUACAAGCUCGACGUUAUUUGCAACAAGAUGUUUUAGCUCUAAGACGGGUUGAAGGAAUAUCUGCUACUACAAUUAAAAUUGUUUGGGAUGUGAUGACAGAUUAUAAUGAAUAUUUGGAAGGUGUAAAAAUAUGGUUUAAUGGAACAUCUCUUAAUCGACAAUAUGUAAUGGAAAACCCCAUGAAUUCUAAUUCAUCGUUAGACAGCAUAGUUGAAUUUAGUAAAUAUGAAAAUUUUUCUAUGACCACUGUACAUAACAGUGGGUCAUCUAGUCAUGUAUUAACAGGGUUGAUGCCGUAUGCUCAAUAUGAUGUAUUUUUAAUGCCAUUUUAUAAGUUACUGCUAGGAAAACCAUCUAAUAUGAAAUCUGGUUUUACUGAAGAAGACGUUCCAACGGCACCACCGCAGAGUCUUUCAGCUGGCGUGAUAAAUGCGACGUCAGCGUGGAUUCGGUGGGAUCCGCCCCCCGUACAUACUUGGAACGGUGAACUUUCUGGUUACUUGAUCGAAGUGAGGGUAGGUGGGGGCAAUGGUGGUCGAGUUGUAGGCCAAAUGUCGCUAGGACCGCGUACUCGUGCCGCUGCGGCUAGUUCUCUCCGUGCUGGUGGGCGCUACAGUGCUCGCGCUGCAGCUGUCACUCAUAGAGGACACGGCCCAUUUAGUGCGCCUGCGCUCAUACAUAUGAUACCAACGCAGACACAAAGACAUUAUGUGCAAACUGAACCGGCUACGGAUAAAGCUAUUUUGUCUAUGUUCCAAGAAACAUGGUUGUUGGUAUUGUGCGCAUGUCUACUUGUAUUAGUUUUAAUUAGCGCAGCUACAGUAAUUUACAUUAGACAUCGAAAUUCAAAACAACGAAAAAGCCAAAAUUCGACAAGUACAGCUAUAGCUAAUGCUCACCAGUGUUUAUUAGGUAAAGAAGCAGUUUGGCUCCGAGAAAGACCAGUAUUUGAAGGAUCAAAUGAACCUAGGAUAGAAAUAUUGAAUUGUCAUCAAAGUCUUCUGCAUAGCGGUCACUCUGUAGGAACGAUGGCUAUGGAAGCAGAAUAUACUUUACCACAGCAUUCUCACACUAUGAACCCGAUGCCUCAAGAAGAAUACAAAAGAAUGCCUCCGGAACCAUAUGCUUCUAGUGCCAUUUAUACUGAACUUAAUUAUCAGACUGAUAUAGAAGACUCUUGCAUGAAAUGUGCCAAUAGUCCAGGAUCAUGUGACAACAGUAUGAUUAGAUCCUUUGGAGAAAGUAAUCAAUACUCUAAUGAAGAAUGUUCUACGUGCUGUCGCAGUAGUAGUUCUACAUUAACAAAAGACUACAGCGAAAUGACAAAAUGUGGAAACGACGCCGAUGAUAUACAAGAAAUGUCGAUAGAUGAUUGCCCAUCAUGUAAAACAAAUCAUUCUAGAUCAUCAAGCCAUCACGAUGCUAAUAAGGACUGGGCUAUGGCAGAAGUUGAAUAUGAUUAUCCACAAUGGCAUUGGUUAGGGAAAGAAAAUAGUUUCAGACAUCGAACUCAAGAUACAAGACACUCAAGUGGAGAACGGAGUGAUCAAAAUUGUAGAAUGAAUUUGUGUGACAUUCUUCCACCACCACCGUAUGAAAGAGAAUCUCAUUACCGAGACAUGCGGGGAUAUGCCAACAACUCGGGUGCAUCAGGCUGUUCAGGACAUACGUAUCGGAGUUAAUUUUUGUUUUUCAACUGUAUUGUUAACGAAUAUCAUUAGUACGUAAACCAAGCAAUACUAAUUAGUUAAUUUGUACAUAUGUAUGAAAGGUUUCUGCAUAUAUUGACGGAAAAUUUGAAAGUUCAUUACACCACCACUUAAAUAUUAUUAUAAAUAAUUUAAAUAAAUCGGUCUCAUCAAUACCUAGGUGCCCACAAUCGAACCUGAGGUAAAUAAUUUAACCAUAAACCAAACAAUCGAUUAAUUGUGAUUAUACACGCAAGCUCAGUCAUAUAUAAAAUUAUAGUGUGCCUAAUUUGUAUUUUGAUUAAGCAAAUAAAUUCUUGUUUGUUUUGUAUUUAUUUUUAUAGGCUGAUAAUAAUAUAUUAUGUGGAGGUGUAAUUGUAUGUUUUUCAAGUUUAGCUGCUGUGGGUGUGUUUUUAAAUAGACUGCUGUUUACCGUAUUGUAGACUUUAGAAAUAGGUUUCAUCUUUCUCUAGUGACUGUGAUAUAGUAUAAUUUCUUAUUCGAUUCUUUAUUUUGUACAUAUUUUUUAAUAUUUGAUAUCCUUAUACAAUUUUAUCGUUCAUUUACACAAUAAGCAUCUUAUCUAUUUUAUUGUCUAGUAAAUUAAUAACUGUAUUUAUAAACCGAACCAAACGAAUUUGAAGGCCAUUUUUAGUCACAGCUGUAAAAAAAUUUGUAUCGAAAAUAUAUUUUAACAGUCUUAAACAUUUGUAGAAAUGUCUUGAGCCAAUCAGCAAUAUUAAAUCAUUUACAUUUCUA